AUGAGGGAAAAUUCGAUAUGCAGUCCAGUCGAAUUUGGGCUACGUUUGAUUGGUCUCUGGCCGAAUUAUGCUUACGCGAUGAUUCAUCGAAUUUUUUGGACGAUCACUAUGAUAUUUGUUCUUUUUUUUGAAUGUGUAUACGUGGUAAAGCACAUAAAGACGGAUGAGUUACCCGAUCUAAUGGAUUCCUUGACCAUCACUUUGUCUAAUGGUCUUUUAUUUUGUAAACUCAUCAUACUUUGGCUCAAUGAUCGAAUUCUCGAAGGAAUUUUAAUGACGAUAGCUGAAGAUUAUGAUAAUAACGAGAAAGAUAACGAUCGUGAAAGAAUGUACAACAAAGUUAUUCUAUCUCAACGUUUCGCAAGUUGUACAAUUUUGUUAUAUUCAACUACGGUAAUCCUUUUCUCAGUGUCGGUGAUUUUUGCACCUGAAAGGGUACCAGUAUUAAAGAUGGAAUUACCUUUCGACGCUAUGAAAUCUCCUAUUUACGAGUUGGUUUCUAUAUUACAAUUUCUUCAAGAAUUAUUAUUUGCUUCAACUUCUGGCUUGUUGAAUGGUCUGAUCGUAACCUUGAUGCUUCAUCUCGGUGGACAAGCAGAAAUCAUGUGUCAAAAACUAACUAACAUCUCACCUAAAAUAAUGAAAGAAAAAUCUUGCAAGGAUACUUUAAAAUCAUUGAUCGAUUCUCACGAAAGGAUCAUCAAUUUUUCUCUCAACGUUGAAAGUGUAUUCACUUAUAUUGCUCUGUUACAAUUUUUAUCCAAUACUUUGGCCAUUUGUUUUUCCGGAUUUGUGAUAAUAACGGUGAAUAUGUCUUUUGAUUCUGAUCAAGGAUUGGUAAUAUUGGCCAAAACAUUACCGUAUUACACUGUGGUCAAUUUGGAAGCAUUUGUUCUUUGUUUUGCAGGCGAAUAUCUCACCUCAAAGAACGAUAGAUCGAGUACUUUUUCGCAGGGUAAAGCUAUCGGUGAAGCCGCAUACACAUCCACUUGGUACGAACUGAAACCAAAUGAAAGUCGAUAUUUCUUGCUUUUGAUACUCAGGUCCCAAAAAAGAUUAACGAUCACCGUCGGAAAAUUCAUGGAUUUAUCUUUGGAAGGCUUCGCAAGUAUAUUAAAAGCAUCAGCCUCGUACGUUUCAGUACUUUACGCUAUGUACUGA